GUCCACGGUCGCCGCGGAGAGGCGUGCGAAGGCCGAGUCGAGCCCCGAGGACCCUGCUGCCCCGGCCCGGCCGCCAGCAUCAGGCUCCUCUUGCGGCAGCGGCUCCGCGGCGACCCCUCAUUCCCUCCACCUCCCCUGCCCACCCCACCUCCCGCAGCCUUCCUCCUCUCCGCUCCACGCCCGGCCCGGCCCGGCCCGGCCGUGGCCCUCUUCGGUGUCGGCCGCCAUGGCAGAGGCGUCCUGCGCGGGGGAAAUCUAGCCCGGGGAUUUCAUGCGGCCUAGCUUGGUUCCGUCUCCUCCCCCCGCGGCCCCGGCGGCUGCCCGAACCCCAGCCCCACUCCGGGCCUCCGUGUCUCUCCUGUGAUCGUACUGACACGGCCGGGGGGUUAGAAUGGAACAAACUGAAGGCCCGAUGAGAGAAAGGGAAAGUUAAGGAUGCUGGAGCAGAACAAUGGAUUUCUCUUUCUCUUUCAUGCAAGGGAUCAUGGGAAACACAAUUCAGCAACCACCUCAACUCAUUGACUCCGCCAACAUCCGUCAGGAGGAUGCCUUUGAUAACAACAGUGACAUUGUUGAAGAUGGUGGCCAGACACCAUAUGAAGCUACCUUGCAGCAAGGCUUUCAGUACCCACCUACCACAGAAGAUCUCCCUCCACUCACAAAUGGCUAUCCACCAUCAAUCAGCAUGUAUGAAACUCAAACCAAAUACCAGUCAUAUAAUCAAUAUCCCAAUGGGUCAGCCAAUGGCUUUGGUGCAGUUAGAAACUUUAGCCCCGCUGACUAUUACCAUUCAGAUAUUCCAAACACAAGACCACAUGAAAUUCUGGAAAAACCUUCUCCUCCACAGCCACCACCUCCUCCUUCGGUACCACAAACUGUAAUUCCAAAGAAGACUGGCUCACCUGAAAUUAAACUAAAAAUAACCAAAACUAUCCAGAAUGGCAGGGAAUUGUUUGAGUCUUCCCUUUGUGGAGACCUUUUAAAUGAAGUACAGGCAAGUGAGCACACAAAGUCAAAGCAUGAAAGCAGAAAAGAAAAGAGGAAAAAAAGCAACAAGCAUGACUCAUCUAGAUCUGAAGAGCGCAAGUCACACAAAAUCCCCAAAUUAGAACCAGAGGAACAAAAUAGACCAAAUGAGAGGGUUGACACUGUAUCAGAAAAACCAAGAGAAGAUCUAGUUCUAAAAGAGGAAACCCCGGUUCAGCCGAUAUUAUCUUCUGUUCCAACAACAGAAGUGUCCACUGGUGUUAAGUUCCAGGUUGGCGAUCUUGUUUGGUCUAAGGUGGGAACCUAUCCUUGGUGGCCUUGUAUGGUUUCAAGUGAUCCCCAGCUCGAGGUUCAUACCAAAAUUAACACAAGAGGUGCCCGGGAAUAUCACGUCCAAUUUUUUAGCAACCAGCCAGAGAGGGCAUGGGUUCAUGAAAAGCGGGUACGAGAGUAUAAAGGUCAUAAACAGUAUGAAGAGUUACUGGCUGAGGCAACCAAACAAGCCAGCAACCACUCAGAGAAACAAAAGAUUCGGAAACCCCGACCUCAGAGAGAACGCGCUCAAUGGGAUAUUGGCAUUGCCCAUGCAGAGAAAGCAUUGAAAAUGACCCGAGAAGAAAGAAUAGAACAGUAUACUUUUAUCUAUAUUGAUAAACAACCUGAGGAGGCUUUAUCCCAAGCAAAAAAGAAUGUUGCCUCCAAAGCUGAAGUUAAAAAAACCCGAAGACCGAGAUCAGUGCUGAAUACCCAGCCAGAACAGACCAAUGCAGGGGAGGUGGCCUCCUCACUAUCAAGUACUGAAAUUCGGAGGCAUAGCCAGAGGCGGCACAUGAGUGUGGAAGAGGAAGAACCCCCUCCUGUUAAAAUCGCCUGGAAAACGGCAGCAGCAAGGAAAUCCUUACCAGCUUCCAUUACAAUGCACAAAGGGAGCCUGGAUCUGCAGAAGUGUAACAUGUCACCAGUUGUGAAAAUUGAACAAGUGUUCGCUCUUCAGAAUGCUACAGGAGAUGGGAAAUUUAUCGAUCAAUUUGUUUACUCAACUAAGGGAAUUGGUAACAAAACGGAAAUAAGUGUCAGGGGACAAGACAGACUUAUAAUUUCUACACCAAACCAGAGAAAUGAAAAGGCAACUCAGAAUAUAUCAUCUCCUGAAACAACAUCUGGUUCUACAGGCUCAGCAGAAAAGAAGCAGCAAAGAAGAUCAAUUCGAACUCGUUCUGAAUCAGAGAAAUCCACUGAGGUUGUGCCAAAGAAGAAGAUCAAAAAGGAGCAGGUUGAAACAGUUCCUCAGGCUACAGUGAAGACUGGAUUACAGAAAGGUGCCAGCGAGAUUUCAGAUUCCUGUAAACCUCUAAAGAAAAGGAGUCGCGCCUCCACUGAUGUAGAAAUGACUAGUUCAGCGUACAGAGACACCUCUGACUCCGAUUCUAGAGGACUCAGUGAUCUGCAGGUAGGCUUUGGAAAGCAAGUAGAUAGCCCUUCAGCUACUGCAGAGGCAGACGUAUCUGAUGUGCAGUCUGUGGAUUCGAGUUUGUCAAGAAGAGGCAUCGGAAUGAGUAAGAAGGACGCUGUGUGUCAGGUGUGUGAAAGCUCUGGUGACUCUCUGAUCCCUUGUGAGGGAGAGUGCUGCAAACACUUCCACCUGGAGUGCCUGGGAUUGGCGUCACUCCCUGAUGGAAAGUUCGUCUGCAUGGAAUGUAAAACCGGGCAGCACCCGUGUUUUUCCUGUAAGAUGUCUGGCACAGAUGUGAAGCGUUGCUCUGUUGGUGCUUGUGGGAAGUUUUAUCAUGAAGCCUGUGUCCGCAAAUUCCCCACUGCCAUCUUUGAAUCAAAAGGAUUCCGCUGUCCCCAGCACUGCUGCUCUGCCUGCUCUAUGGAGAAAGAUGUCCACAAAGCAAGUAAAGGCCGCAUGAUGAGGUGUUUGAGAUGCCCAGUAGCCUAUCACACCGGAGACGCCUGCAUUGCUGCCGGGAGCAUGUCUGUGUCCUCCUGCAUUUUCAUCUGUAGUAAUCAUUCCAAGCGGAGCAGUAACUCUUCCUCUGCUGUAAAUGUAGGCUUUUGUUUCGUUUGUGCAAGAGGGCUGAUAGUUCAGGACCAUUCAGACCCCAUGUUCAGUUCAUAUGCCUAUAAGUCCCACUACCUACUGAAUGAAUCAAAUCGUGCAGAGUUGAUGAAAUUACCUAUGAUUCCUUCUUCGUCAGCUUCCAAAAAGAAAUGUGAGAAAGGUGGAAGAUUGCUCUGCUGUGAAUCCUGCCCAGCUUCCUUCCACCCGGAAUGCCUGAGCAUAGAAAUGCCUGAAGGCUGCUGGAAUUGCAAUGACUGUAAAGCUGGCAAGAAACUGCAUUACAAGCAGAUUGUUUGGGUCAAAUUGGGAAAUUACAGAUGGUGGCCAGCAGAGAUCUGCAACCCCAGGUCUGUGCCACUCAACAUCCAGGGCCUUAAGCACGACUUGGGGGACUUCCCUGUGUUCUUCUUUGGUUCUCAUGACUACUAUUGGGUACACCAGGGCAGAGUGUUCCCUUAUGUUGAAGGAGACAAAAGCUUUGCUGAGGGACAGACUAGUAUUAACAAGACCUUCAAAAAAGCACUGGAAGAAGCUGCAAAACGUUUCCAGGAAUUGAAAGCACAAAGAGAAAGUAAAGAAGCACUAGAGAUUGAAAAAAGCUCAAGAAAACCCCCUCCUUACAAACACAUCAAAGCUAACAAAGUAAUAGGAAAGGUACAGAUCCAGGUUGCAGACCUGUCCGAGAUUCCCCGCUGUAACUGCAAGCCAGCGGAUGAAAACCCUUGCGGCUUGGAAUCAGAGUGCCUGAACAGAAUGCUGCAGUACGAGUGUCACCCGCAGGUGUGCCCGGCUGGGGACCGCUGCCAGAACCAGUGCUUUACAAAGAGGCUCUACCCCGACGCAGAAAUCAUCAAAACAGAGCGAAGAGGCUGGGGCCUCAGGACCAAAAGGAGCAUUAAGAAGGGCGAAUUUGUAAAUGAAUAUGUUGGCGAAUUAAUUGAUGAAGAAGAAUGCAGAUUGCGAAUCAAGCGAGCCCACGAGAACAGUGUAACUAAUUUUUAUAUGUUAACUGUUACCAAGGACCGUAUAAUUGACGCUGGCCCGAAAGGAAAUUAUUCUCGCUUUAUGAACCACAGUUGUAAUCCGAACUGUGAAACACAGAAGUGGACGGUGAACGGGGAUGUCCGAGUUGGCCUUUUUGCUCUCUGUGAUAUUCCGGCAGGGAUGGAGUUAACAUUUAAUUAUAACCUGGAUUGUCUGGGCAAUGGCAGAACGGAGUGCCACUGUGGGGCAGAUAACUGCAGUGGUUUUCUAGGAGUGCGGCCAAAGUCGGCGUGUGCGUCAACAACUGAAGAAAAGGCAAAAAAUGCUAAGUUAAAGCAGAAGAGGCGAAAAAUCAAAACAGAACCAAAGCAGAUGCAUGAAGAUUACUGCUUUCAGUGUGGAGAUGGUGGAGAGCUGGUCAUGUGUGACAAAAAAGACUGUCCCAAAGCAUACCACCUCCUAUGCCUUAACCUGACUCAGCCACCAUAUGGAAAGUGGGAGUGCCCGUGGCACCAGUGCAAUGAGUGCAGCAGUGCGGCUGUCUCCUUCUGCGAGUUCUGUCCGCGCUCAUUUUGUAAAGAUCACGAAAAGGGGUUGCUGGUUCCCUCUGCCCUGGAAGGCCGUCUCUGCUGCUCUGAACAUGACCCCGUAUCUCCUGUGUCUUCAGAAUACUGGAGCAAGAUCAAAUGUAAAUUGGAAUCACAAGAUCCUGGAGAAGAAGUAAAAGAAUAAAUGAGUGAUGAUUUCCUUUUUGUUUAAAUGAAAGAAAGGAACAGCGAAAAGUCGAUAGAUAAUACAUUAGUGAAAGAGAGACUGCUGCAGUGCGUCCAGCCCUUGCCAUCAGUACUGCCUGUUCAAGUGAAGAUGGGCUGGGAAGCCAGUUCGUGCAGGCAGAAGCAGUUGGUGGUAUCCGGGUUUUCUGUUUUGUUUUGCUGGUUUGGGGAUUCUUUUGUGGAGGGUUAGAUUCCCUUGGUCUUUUCUUGCCUUUUAUUACACUUCAAUGCCUUUGCAACUGGAAAAAAAAGAUGUCUUCACUUUUAAAAUAAGAACAAAGAGAAAAGAAAAUUUUGUUAAUGAGAUAAAUUUAAAGUCUAGGAUGUGUUCCUUGGGUGUAAAAAGCAAAAGUAGCCAUCAUUCCUUUAUUUAUUUUCAUUUUUAAAAAUUUUGAGACGUGUAGUUCAGAUAGUCUAGUCAGUGUGCGUGUCUUACGUAGGCGUUGGAGAAAGCCCUCUGGAAAAGGGCGCGCUGGUCUUCAUGGACCUGACUGAGCAGUAGGUAGGCUAACUCCUUCCCUUCCAGGUGCCUUUCACAGUCCUGGAGAAGGGCUCUCUGGGAGUAUUGAAUCUGGCCGCCUGAAAACAAAAUGCCUCGUGGAUUUUAUCUCUGUGGUCUUAAACUAGGUGGGCUUUGUGGUAUGAUAACUUUACCUGGAAAGGUAUAUAAUGUGGUUUUUGGUUUUUUUGUUUUGGAGGAAAAAACAAAUGGAUGCACUCACUGAGUUUGACACAUUUCAUUGAUAGUGGGUGUUUUUGAUGAAGUGCGUUUAUGUGGAUAUGAAUGCAUAGUUAGAAUAGUCAUUCCUGUUAUCUUGACACACUGAUAAAGGCAGCUAGAGGGAGAUGAAAGGUACAGACCAAAAAUUGGAUCAUAUAAGCACUGUCUUCUGUCCAAUUUAAUGUAGACCUUGGUCUGACUUGGAAUUAUGGGCAUUUUAUUUCCUGUCUCUGCUUCCCUCUCCUAAUCAAAUAUUCCCUUUGUCAACUGACCACUCAGUCAUGUUUCCUGGUGAAAACUACACAAAUGAAUUUGAAUUGUAUUUGAAUAGAUCCUUUUGGUUUAGUUCCUAAUUUAGAGGGUGAGAGGCAUCCCCAAGUUCUAUGUAAACAGUUUCUAUUUAGCAUUAUCCAGUACUUAAAACUGCCCCACUGAGGAAGGGGAAGCACUUCUACAGGGUAUCUAAGAACCACGCAAACACACUUCAGCUUAGGAAGCACUUAGGGAAAGCUCCCAAGAAAGCAGUGUUAGCAAAAAUGGUUGGCUGUGAUGCUUGGAUCUCAUAGAUGCAAGUGUGCCAGGAUGUCUGCCCACAAAAUUCACUUGCUUUUAAUGCUUAGGAAUAUGUAUAUUCCAGUAUUCCUUAUAUGGAAUAAUUAGUAAUGUCAGACAUUAUUGUAACACUGUACUAAGUAGAAGUCUAGGGUUAGCUCGAAUGAACGUGAACUUUCUAUGUGAAUUCUGACUGCUUACAAUUGCUGGUUACCUGGUAGCAUUUCUUUUCCCUCAAGAAGUACCUAGUAACCUUAUGAAGGCAGGGAGGAUAGAUGCUCUACCACAUUCCUUCAGUUGUGUUAUGUGUGUUCUUCUUUCUUACAAUUUAGAGCUCUUUUCUGGAAAAAAAGCUAUUUUGUGCCCCUCUCUCUCUCUUUUUUUUUUUUUUUUUGUAUGUAAAUGUGCAAUUAUACUGGAUUUUCUCUUGUAAAAAACAAAAAACACUACAAUUCCUUUACUAAAGCUCCUAAACUGCCAUUUGCCUGAUUCCAGCAGUUAAUUCUGAGGUAACUUAUUGGGCCUCCAAUAAUUCUAUUGAUUAGAUAUGGUCCCAAAAGAAAGAGCAAAAUGGAAAAUGCUAGACAUGUUACCAAAUAGAACUGCUACAAGUAACAUGAAUUUACAGCUCACCGAAACACUAAACUUUGCUCUUGAGCAAUUAUAUAGUUUGAUGUCCUUUUAAAAAAUAAUUUAAGAAAAUCUAGGUUUUCUCAUACUGAAACUUUAUUUUAUAUAUGUAUACGAUAAAUGUUUGCUUUUUUAAACUUACUAACAUGAAGAAUUUCCUUUAAUAUUCGAAAUGCAGCUCUUGUUGAAACAGUAUCUGACAUGAAAUCUUAUCUCCUUGCUUUGUUUUGGACUUAGUGCUAUUUAAUAUCUGAUGACUUUUAUAUGGUAAGCCAGGGUAUAUCCUAUAUACUACAAAUACCUUAGGUUUAAGUAUUUUUAUGCAGCUUCUUCAUUGUGUCACAUUUUGUUUCUAUAUCUGUAACAGAGCUCUGCUGAGAUUUCUGUUAUUUUGGCGGCGGGGGCUGGUGACUAGUAGGACUGCUCUGCCAUUUCAGAAAUCAGGGUAGAAAACAAAACAGCUAACCACAGCUCUGGAGUCUGUCCAUGAGUGUGCUUCAGCGGUCUGAAAAGUGGUUUGAGUCAUGCUAGUGCCAAGGAGCUCUCCUCACGCCUGCACAGCGUCACUUGUUGACCCAUCUUAGAGAUUUUGCAGUCGCAGGUUACGGAAGCAGAGAGAGUAAGCUGUGCUUUGUGUGUGAAUGCUAUACACGCACUGUGCUUGCUUUGCUUCACCAGUGAAAUAUUCCGAAAGACAUACUGUUCACUCGGAAUCUGAAGUUGCUAUUUGUUAACCUUUAAAUGUGUAUGUGGUCAGAGCAUGAGUGGUUGGUUUUUAUUCUUGUCCAAAAUUGAAAUAACUCGAAGUAGCAUAGUAUAAUGGUGGUAUUUUCUUUAACCUCAUGUUAAUUCUUUGGAGGAAGAAGUGAAUGUAAGAUUUUUGAUAAUCAGCAGAAAGCUUCAGAAAUUGGAUGGAUAACAACUAAAGCUGAGAUCCUGGGAAAGCUUCCAGGCUCUGUGCAGUGGAGGGAGGGGCUGACCUGUGGCCAGUGUGAGGAAUCAGGAGCGCUGCCUAUCGCUGGCUAAGGGAGGGCAGAUGGCCCUUCAUCCCUGGAAGGCUGAGGCAGCUGGAGGAAGCGUUUCACUUCUUUAAUAUCUAAUCAGGGCUAGAGUUAGGAGUGAGGGGGGUUUAUUUUCAUUUUUGUUUUAUCAAGUUCCCACACUGUCUUAAUUCUCAAAAAUGUUCUGGCCUAGGCUAUAGAAUAGGCUGACUCUUAGAAUCACUGAAACCUGAAGACUUCUGUGUUCAAGUCAGCAGCAUGUCUAAAAACUUAACGGAACUGGGGAGAGGGAGGCAGGCUGCUCCCAGCCCCCUCUGUCACGUCCACCUGUUUGGAAACACGCCUGUAACCGAGCUGCGGAACUCCGAGGUGAUCAUGUAAAGGACCCUGACGCAGCGCAGGCUGUUGGACAGCUUCUCUCCUGGUUUGUGAAGCAGUUUCCUUUUUGAGUAAUUUGCUGCGUGGCAUGUGUUCCAGUCAGGGUCAGUCCCAGGCCGUGCGGUUUAGAAACAGAUAGGCCGGCUCCACAGAAUGUAAUCUCUGGACUGCCCAAGAUUUGUUGCUUGUCUUUCAUUUCACUUUUAAAUACAAAGCUGUUCCUUUACUGUUCACCUUAAAGUCAAGGUGCUGCCACAUGCCGCCUUCCGACAGGAUAAGAAAACAACUUGGGAAGCUUACCUUUGAUGGACUUCCACAUUAGGUACGAUGACACCGGGAGGCUGCUUUAUUGCUGGGCAGUGCAAACUAGACUGGAAUUACUUCUUACAAGUCUGACGCGGCGAGCCACCCCCAAGUUGUCCACGUUGCUGCAGACAUGAAGUGAUCAUUUGGAAGAAUUUCCUUUGGCCUAGGGUCACCUAGAAUUGGUCUCUGGUUAUUUGUACACAAAGAGUAGAACUCGCUUCCAUUUUCAGAUAGGCUAGGGAAUAGAUGUAAUCAGACAGCUUUGCCAUAUAUUAACAGAUACUGAAAAGUGGGAAAUGUGUAUAUACGGAAAUCUACCAACUUCUAUCUGGGGUGGGGUAUAGGGAGAAAAGGGUUAUAACGGGAGGGGAGGGGGAUGAUGAUGUUUACCGCAGGUACGAAGUAGUCACUUUAACAUUGAGACCUCUGCCUCAUUGAAUUCAGGUUUUUUAAGUACUUGAAACUCUUCAGAUUCUCCUUAUUUUACAGUUAUUUUUAAAUUUAUGAAAUAGAAAGCAUUGUUUUGUAUACUGCUUUGAAAAUAAAUAGCCUAGUCUCUUAUCCUCUUUGACUUGGAUGAAAGGCAGAAUUCUGCAAAUGGGAGAGUGUUCACAGUUGAUAGCUCAGAUUCAUGCACACAUCUGAGGAAGAGACUCCUGCAUGAAAUACCAGCAGCAUUUUUACAAAUAUUUCUGUCAUAUGUUCUUUAGUUUGUCAUUUUGUCAGCUCUAUCCCCAAGCACUUCUUUCCUUUUAAUAUAUGCCUGUGUUGGAAAAACAAAAAUUUGCACUUACGUUACACUCCUAAAAUGCUGGGUGUAACCUGUGUGUUUCAAAAAUCAUUUCCGUUGUUUUUUCGUCAGUCCAUUGCUUCAGUGACAAGUUCAGGUGCUUGUGGCACAUAUGUGUGAAGGGAGAGGAGAAGAGAAUUACCUUUCCUUGGGUAGCCUCUAAAAGUUAUUAACAUGCAAGAAAAAGGGAAAAGAUGAAUAGUUGCCAAAGUCAUUUAUUCAGUCCUUAGUUUUUUAUGUGACAUUACUGCAUCUGAUCGGCAAGACAGUGCCCUCAGGUUCCAGUACUCCCUUCCCCACCUGUUACAGACUUCUGAUACAGGCAGACGGCUCUCAGUAUCCAGCAGCUUACCUAGGUAAGGUAUUUACAAGGUAGUCUUGUCAGUUUAGAAGUGGACUGCAUAAACUUUACUUUGUUGUCAUUAAUAUUGCUCUUUAUCUCAUUUGUGCUGUCACAUACCCUGUGUUAAAAAAGAAAAUCAUAUUGCAACCGAUAACCAAGAUGCUAAAUGAUUACAACUGGCUAAUAAUUCUUUUUAUAUACAAGGGUGUGUGCAUAAUUGGAAUUGAUAUGAGAAUUCAUUUGUAUCCACUUGUGAUAUUGCACAACAAACACAGAUACCUACAGAUUCUGUUUUCAUUUCCUUGUGACCUUUAUCUAUGAUAAUGACCUUUGUAGAUUGGUUUUUUCUGUACUUUGUUUAUCUGUAAUAAACUUUGUAGAUCCUGUGAAAUGUUAUUUUGCCUAAAUCACUUGAGACUUGAGUCUUUAAUAACAAAGCAUCAAUAUUCACUAAAGUCAAUCUCCUUUGAGUUUCUGUGACUUGGCUAGAACCUCUUGACACUAAGGGAUUAGUGUUAAUUUUCCCUGGGGAUGUUCCACUAGGGCAUUACUGUAUAAUGACGAUGUUGCCACAUAGACUUCAAGAUAUAUGAUAUUUUGGGGAUUUUGUUGAUUGGCCUAUGUUUUAUUGCAUAGUGUGAAACGUGUAAAACUUGGUUAACCUGUAUAUAGAUAGCUUAUUGUUGACUAGUUACAGUGUACUUAGGAUUGCCUGUAAUAUUUAAGCUUCUUACUACUGUGUGUGCUGGUAGGAACAUAUAAUUUUUGUACAUUAUAUUUACUGAGAUGUUACCAUUUUUUAUUUUACAAAUACUUUGGAAUUCAAAUGUGUUUUUUGUUUCUGUGAGGAUUAAUUUGGAAAGGUUUUUAAUGACAUUCCACUGAUUUCAGAUUUUGCUUGAGAUUGACUUCAAUAAAUUGUCCUGUAUGUUCCAAAUUAAA